ACUGUGAGCUGGUCUUUCCAGCUUCCUCUGUGGAAUUCUGCGUCGUGACUACGGGCGCCUUCUUUUCAGCUCCACUCCACUCUUCCAAGCUGCGAAUUGGCUGCCUUGGCCUCCCCGAUUAAGGCCAGCUCUCGUCUCUGCAGAUUCUCAUUCUCUCUUCUUAUCGUUCGCUGUUGCGCGGUCAGCAAGACUCAGCUCCUAUUCGGCAAUCACUGCUCGUGCGUUAGCGAUGGCGCGCAUUUCGUUCCUGGGGGCAGCUUUGGCUGUCCUGCUCGCCUGCAGCAUUGCCCCCCCCGCCGCGGCGCUGCUCGAUUCCAUCCAGGUCCCAGACCCCACGUGCGGAGCUCCCAGCACGACUUAUGUCCAAGCCAACAGCAAAACGGUGAAGCGUGGAAUCAUCAACCCGGAGUUCCCCUCCGUGGCCCACAUCGUUUCUGGAGACACCAUCACCAUGGAGUGCCUUACUGGCGGCAUCACCAAUGAUUACGCCAAGAUGAUCAAGGGUGACGUGGGCGCUGAGGAGCUCAUGGCUUGGCCCUCCAAUGCCACGGCAUCGACCAAGCCCCUCCCCAUCCUGCCCGGCGGCGCCGGCCACAUCAUCACCGGGCCCCUGAGCGUUUGCGGCGCCCUCCCCGGCGACGUGCUCAAGAUCGAGAUCCUGAGCCUCUCCCCCCGAAAGAACCCCCUCACCGGCAAGGCCUACGGAAUCAACAGCCAGAACGGACCGUACAUUCCGCUCAACGUCAAGAACGCCGACGGAACCAACGUUUCGACGACCUCGUCCUCCAUCAUCUACGAAGUGGACUUCGACGAGUAUGGCGGCUGGGGCCAGCCCAUCUACGGCUUCUUCCCUCCUUCUCUGAUCCCCCCCGACAACGGGACCGUCGUCACGAGCGCCACGGUUCCCCACAAGACCAAUAUCGGCGUCAAGUCUUCCGCCACCGCCACCGGCUUUGACCCCGUGGAGUAUCCCCCGGGUUUCCAGUCUACCCUUAACCAGUCCACCGACAUCCAGUACAUGGACGCCUCUUUCAACUGGAGGAUCCCGUUGAGGCCUUUCUUGGGCACAAUCGGCGUGACCCCCGCCAACGCUGCGAACUACAUCAACGGCGCCCCCAACGGGACCCUUGGUGCCUCGACCACCGCCCCUUCCCGCUUCGGUGGAAAUAUGGACAACUGGAGGGUGGGCACUGGCAGCACCCUGUACGUCCAGGUGGAGGUCCCUGAGGCCAAGUUCUUCUUUGGUGAUUGCCACGCCGCUCAGGGCGACGCCGAGAUCUCCGGGACGGCCAUCGAGGCGUCCCUGACCGCGGUCUACCGCAUCUCCGUGCUGCCCCAGGCGACUCUGCCCAACGCGCUCAAGAACCUGACCUUCCCCAUCGUCGAGACCAAGGACCACAUCGACAUCCAGGGUUUCGCGCUGAACAACUACCUGGACGAGCUGGCGGUGCCCAGCCAGAUCGCGCAGUUCGGGCGCAGCAACGACAAGGCGCUCGCGAACGCCUACCAGAACACGCGCAACUUCCUCGUCAAGGGCUUCGGCAUGCAGGAACGCGAGGCGCUGUCUCUGAUCAGCACCGGCGUCGACUUCGGCAUCGCACAGUGCGUCGACAGCAACUGGGGCGUGCACGGCUUGAUUCCCAAGUCCAUCUUCAGCUCGAAGUCCGCCGCAGGGGGCGGCCUCUUCAGCGGCCCCGCCAGCCGCAAGCUCAAGGGACAGGAUCAGGAGGAGGAGCCAAUGGACCUCGUCAGCAUUCUGAGGAGGUUCGAGGCCAAGAAGUAGAUUGGUUAAGCCGCAUAACCGCCCGGUUAACGGCCCGGUCAGCGAUACGGAGGCGGCCUUAACCGGGUAUGGUUAGCUGUGCGUAACAGUCGUCAGCUACGUAAUUGCGAAUAUCAUCGUUGGGUUGUGUUAAACCAAGAACAGAAAGCGGGGAGCUUGGAAGUACGGCCAUAGUUCUAGGAGGUCCAAGACGGACGGUUGUCUUCUCGUAGUUACCAACGUACGAUCCCGGUUUUGGGUUCAAGUCCGAGGGGCAAAAGGAUACUAGCUUUACGGGUUCCAAGCGUCUCGUGCUGUGGCCUGGUUGAAGAAAGAGCGGAGCAUAUCCGCUCAUCAUAACGACAGCUAGAACGCACCCGUCCAGCGGAUUGACUCUGGAAGUUGCUUAUUUAUGUACAUGUCUUUAGGUGUCAAAAGUACUCUCUAAGCAGAUUGCAGUACUUGGGAAUUUCUGGACAUACUUUCACAAUGACAACCAUUGUGUUCAUACGUUUCUGAUGAUGAGAUGAGCCAAAUUCAUCCG